AUGAAGAAGCAGGGGGCGAAGGAGAAGUUGCGGCGGCUGGUGGCACCGCUGCUGGGCGUGGCGGGGCAGGGCGGCAGCAGCCUGGCCUUCAAGGCCUUCACCAGCAUCCGCCCGCGCAUCAGCCUGCGCUUUGAGGGCAUUGGUGUGACCCUGCGCGACGGCACCGUCAUCCUGGACUCCGUCAACGGCCACUUCAGCCACUCCAAGGUGGUGGCGAUCAUGGGUCCGAGCGGGGCGGGCAAGUCGACGCUGCUGUACGCGCUGAUGGGCACGGCGCGCUACGGGGCAACGCGCGGCCGCCUCUGGAUCAACGGCCGCGAGAUGCGCCUCGCCCGCCUGCGCCGCAUCCUCGGCUACGUGCCGCAGGAUGACAUUGUGCACGAGGACCUGACGGUGCGCGAGAACCUGUCAUAUAGCGCCAAGCUGCGCUGCAUGGCGACGGAGGGGCGGGCCUACCUCAGCGACGUGGUCGAUGAUGUCAUCGAGCUGCUGGGCCUGCGCCACGUGCAGCACUCAGUCGUGGGCUCCGUUGAGAAGCGCGGCAUGUGGGUGUCCUGUUGCAGUGGGGGCCAGCGGAAGAGGGUCAACAUUGGGUUGGAGCUGGUGGCCAGGCCAUCGGUGCUCUUCAUGGAUGAGCCCACGUCUGGCCUGGACGCCACAGCAGCCACAGACAUCCUGGCCUCCCUGCGCAGGAUGGCGGACCUGGGCAUGAAUAUUGUGACGGUGAUUCACCAGCCGCGCUACUCCGUCUUCUCGCUCUUCCAUGAGGUCCUGCUGCUGGGCAAGGCCGGCCGCACCGCCUUCCAGGGCGCCUCCUCCGCCGCGCUUCCCUACUUUGUCUCCAUUGGCUUUGAGCUGCCCUCCAACGAGAACCCGGCCGAUUUCUUCCUCGACAUCGUCUCCGGCUGUGUACCCUGCCACGCCAACCCCGACUUCAAGCCCGAGGUAGGCCCUUUUUGCCUUUUCGCCGAAUUUCAAAUCGUGCACCCUGAAAAAUCAUUGUAG